CUUAUUCCUCUUUUGGUCAGUAGGUUGUACGUGGGAUGGAGCUGGGUGAUAAUGAAAAAUCACCGCUGUUUCCUAAGAAGGAGAAUGAACCUGUCAAGCUAAAACGAACAGUCGGUGUCCUCUCGGCGAGUGCUCUUGUGUUUGGAUCAUGUGUCGGAGCUGGCAUUUUCAUUUCUCCUAAAGGAGUGUACGAAAAAGCUGGCAGUCCUGGAGCCGGGCUGAUGGUGUGGUGUCUAUCGGGAGUCAUAGCAACGCUGUGUACGCUAGCGUACGCUGAACUAGGAACGAUGAUGCCCCAGAGUGGAGGGGAGUUUGUCUACAUUCACCGAGUAUACGGGGACUGUCUCGCCUUUAUCUUCUCCUUCUGUAACACACUCCUUAUCAAGCCAGCGUCGCUGUCCGUAGUAGCUGUAUUGUUUGGGGAGUAUUUGUGCAACAUGAUUUGGGGACCAGCAACUAACGAUCUCAUAGUUAAAGCAGUCGCAGUUGCUCUCAUAGUGACACUUGGUCUCAUCAACAUAGUGGGGGUAAACGUGAUAGCUAAAGUCUGCACAGUCAUAUCUGUCUUGAAAUUAGCUGUGGUUGGUUUCCUCGUUGCUUGUGGAAUUGCUAUUGUCAUCAAGGGUCAAGGUGUGGUAACGAACUUUCAACUGUCCCUCUCCUUUGAAGGGUCCUCUACUAACCCCGCAGACUACGGGCUAGCAUUUUACUACUGUCUCUUCACAUUCCAGUCCUGGAAUUCUCUAAACUACAUGACAGAGGAGCUGAAGACACCAGAGAAGACAUUGCCCCUAGGAGGGUUCAUCGGACUCACCGGAGUUACCCUCAGUUACUUUCUCUGUAACGUAGCUUACCUAAUGAUGUUCUCACUGCACCAGAUAGUCGAUACUAACACUAUUGCUAUGGAUAGCGGGUUCAUUGCGUUUGGCAGAGCGGGUGAGAUAACCAUGAGCUUAGGACUGUUAGUCUCGUGCCUGGGGUGUCUGGGCGGUGCUAUCUGCUGCAUAUCACGAAACAUUCAGAGCACAGCAGAAACGGGAAUAUUCCCAUCUUUCUUAAGCGGGAUCAACAAAACCUUCCAGACACCAAUCAAAGCUAUCAUCACUGUGGUACUGACAAUGAGUGUGUAUGUUCUGGUGGACGCCAACAUGCUGAUCCCCUUCUUAAGCACUGUAGAGUGGUUAUUCUACUGCGUGACGUUCUCCACUAUUCUUUACUUACGGUAUAAGGAGCCAAACUCGAAAAGGCCCUUCAAGGUUCCACUAUUUGUGUCGGUGUUCCUGUUUUUAAUAACGGGAACGUUUGUGGUACUGCCUCUAUUCUCGGAGGAAAGUAGGGUCACCACCCUGUUGGGUCUAUGCUGGAUACCACUAGGAGCAGUGUUUUACGGUAUCCGGCAUCUUAUAGCACGGUAUCUUGUUAAGCAGAAUGCGGUAUCCGGCAUCUUAUAGUACGGUAUCUUGUUAAGCAGAAUGCGGUACCCGGCAUCUUAUAGCACGGUAUCUUGUUAAGCAGAAUGCGGUACCCGGCAUCUUAUAACAUGGUAUCUUGUUAAGCAGAAUGUGGCAUCUUACAGCACGGUAUCUUAUCAGGUCUAAGCUGGUUACCACUAGGAGCGGCAGUUUACGGCAUCCGGCAUCUUAUUAAACAGUGCUGCUACAAGAAGCUAGAACAGAAGACAUCCAGUCAGUCUAGUUUAGACUCUGGGUAUAGUGAGGUUGACGGAAACGACAAGGAAUGUAAACUUAGCUAAGACUGAGUUGAACUGAGAUAACAUUUGUAUGAUUCUUUUAUAUUAGUGUUUUAUAUUAAUGUAAUAAAAACUUUUGAGAGUUUGACAUUCAGAUUAAUAAAACAUCCAAUUAUUUUAAUUGGUAAACUAAACAAAGUUACAUCUUAAGAGUUUUUAGUUUUUAUGUUCGGUCCCUAUGAUGUACCUGCAGCAUUCUGUUACGGGUAUUUGUUUUUGUUUUAACUUGGGUUUAAGAUUGCGACUUUUCAUUUGUACGGCAUUUCAAGCGUUAAAAUUGUUAACAUAAUAACAUUUUAAUAGUAUAAAUACUGUUAAAAAUUGUCAAACAUAGACGAUUUCCCAUCAAAAUACGAGACUU